AUGAGCAAAUCCACGCCACGCAAGCCGCGGCACCGGAACCAGCACAGCAACAGCGGCCCCCGCCAGAUUCCGGCGUCCGACUACGACUCCGAUGCGGCACACUACAUGGAGGCGCGCGAGCUGCCCCGCACCCUCCACGUCCCGACGCGCUCCAACACGGACCUCAACCUGAGCGUGUUGGGACGCUACCUGCCCGGCAUACGCGGGAUCCUGUCUAUCGCGGCCAACGCGGUGGUGUACGUCUUCUCGGAGGCGACACAGGGCUGGGACAAGCACGGCGUCGAGGGAACAAUGUUUGUGUGUGAGCAGGACCCGUUCGUGGCGUCCAACGGGCAGGGGCUGCCGCAGGUGUCCGUGUUUGUGCUCAAUCGGCGCGGCAUGGACAACGUGGUCGUCGAUCUCAUGCGUGUCAGCGACUGCGAGGUGGUCGGCGAGCUGCUCAUCUUCCGGCUCGAGGACAACGACAGCUCUGGCAGCUCUGGCAGCUCCGAAGAAGGCGGCGGAUCCGCCGAGAAGCGCGUCAUUGGCAUCUGGAUCCACGCCGACGAGGACGACACCCGCGAGGCCAACAACACCAUCAUCCGCGGCGCCUGGCAGCAGGCCCGCCUGGCCCUCGACUCGUUCCUCGAGGCCGCCGCCGCCGCCGAGCACUUGGCAAACGAGCGCUUGGGAGACAGAAAUCACGGCGCAGCCGUCUCAGAGUCUGGCGCAGAUACUCCUGGUAGCAUUUCAAAACCAGGGCCGCUGAACGGCAAGGGGACGAUGGACGAGAUCAAGCCACCUCCCACUCCUCGCCUACUGUCGUCGGCGGUGCUGUCGUCGGCAGUGCAGACGCAGCUGUCUCUCAUCGCAUCCUUUGACCGAUGGCUUGACCACCACCUCGAGGCCGGGCGCGACUACGGCAACAUGCCCACAUGGGUCAAGCGCCGGCUUAGCGCGUACAAGAAGGACCUAGUCGAGGCCGAGCGCGCCCCGAGCAGCAUGACCGCGUCGCUCUUAAAGAACGCCAACCAAUGGGGAUUCAAAGUCGACACUAAAGAGGAUGGCAGGAUAGAAAUCAUGAGGGCCCCCACCUGCCUUUUUCCUGGUGUCAGCAUCAUGCCGCAUGACGAAGCCGAAGCUGAUUUCAUCGCGGGCUUCCUUGGAUACAUGGAAAAGGUGUGCAACGCCUUCGAACGGGCAGAAAAGGAAAUAGCUGCACUCGUCGAAGCCGUAGUAGCCUUUGAAGCAGAGAGAGCGAGCCUGAGCCAACCGGCAGAAGUCACUAUCCAAUCCCACGUCAAGCUGCUCAAGGAGUACAACGAUAUGAAAGACUACGGACAGCAAAUGAUCGGCUUGAUUGCCGAGAACCUCGGCUUCCCUGCUAGGAACUUUUACGAGACCGGACAGUACGGCGUGGGACCCAAGGAUUGA